AUGCCACGCCCCCACUCACCGCACCCGAGCAUCGCAGGAGCGUCGGAGACAAGCGACAGAGCGAUGGCGAGCACGGGAAACCUGAAGGUGCCGGAGACAGCAGAAGAAGCGAAGGAGCUCGUCGCCAUGAUGCGGCAGCUGCCGGACAACCGUGUCUGCUUCGACUGCCCGCAGAAGAACCCGAGCUGGUGCAGCGUGACGUACGGUUUCUUCCUCUGUAUGGACUGCUGCGGCCGGCACCGUGGCAUGGGGGUGCACAUCACCUUCAUGAAGUCCGCGGAGCUUGACAGCUGGCGCCCGCAAGAGGCACUGCGUGUGGCGCUUGGCGGCAACAGCAGGGGGAAGCAGUUCCUGAAGCAGCAUGGCAGCAUGGACCCCAAGUCCUUCUACAAUUCACCCGCCGCCGCGCUGUACAAGCGCAUGGUGGACAAGGCCGUGGACAACUUCACGCAGAACGGCCAGCUACCGCCUGCAUCGCCCAUUCCGCAGCCAGCGUCACCCAUACCACAGCCGGCGUCCCUGUCUCCUACUUCCAGCGCCAGCCCCGACGUGACGACGCAGGACAGCCCAGUGGCGAUGGCCCCGAUCGUGAUGAUGUCCUCCAAAGCCACCGGGCUGGGGACGAAGAAGCUCGGCGGUGGCGCCACGCUUGGCGCAAAGGGGAAGAAGAAGGGCUUCGGCGGCAUCGCCCGCGUCGAGGGCACGAUCGAAGAGUCCACGCAGCCGGUGCCCGAAGAGUUGCUGUACGAUCGCGAGGCAGAGCAGCGCAAAGCCGCAGAGGCGGAGAUGGAGCGCCGGUGCCAGGCAGACCUGGCCGCCGCCGCCCGCGCCGUGGACCCUGACGUCCUCCGUCGCAGCGAGCCGAAUACACCGAAGGUGCCGCAGGCGCCGCGUCAGACGGGCUUCAUCGGCAAAAGCGCUGAGAAUGUCAACGGCGACCUCUUCGACGAGACGAGCGUGCCGGUGUCGUCACCGGCGCCGCUGAUGAGUCAGCCGUACGGUGCGAGAAGCAACAGUGCCACGUGUGCCUCGCGUUUCGCCGCCGCGGCGAGUUCGGCCGGGCCAACGACAGCACCGAAGCCCGCCCCGGCGGCGUCGCGCGCUGGGCCUGACUUUCGCGGUCUCGGUAGCCAGGCGUAUGUGCCUGAGACCAUCCACAGCGCCGACGGCGGUCCGCAGAACAGCAGCGGCGGCAUGGCCACCUCCAUCACAGCAAGCGACGCCCUCUGGCAUGUCACGGAAGCGGCACGCAGCCUGCAGCAGAGCGCCGCGCAGGCGACCGGGGCGUUGGGAGAGGCGGUGAAGAACUUCCUUGACGAUUUGUAG